AUGGCAUCCCUUGAGAACCGUCCGCUGCCAUCCCUUACAGCUGUUGCGAUUGCCACUGCGAUUGUCGCGGGGCUUGGAGGAUACUUUGUCGGCCAGGCGUCUUCGCUCGGCCUAUUCCAAGGCAGCAGGCAUACCAAGGCAGCGAAAGAGCCUGUGGAUUCCGACGAGGAAGAAAUCGAAGAAAGCUCGGAUGAGGAAGAACUUGAUGACAAUGGAGAUAUUCAAAACUUUACAAGCAGUAAAGAAGAGUGUAAAUUGGUGCUAGUAGUGCGCACAGAUCUGGGCAUGACCAAAGGUAAAAUCGCGGCACAGUGUAGUCACGCGACGUUGGCUUGCUACAAAUACUUUCUUCGACGGGCGCCGAAUUCACCGAUACUACAGCGCUGGGAGCGACUUGGACAAGCCAAAGUUGCUGUCCAGGUCAAAAGCGAAGAGGAGCUUGAAUUGCUACAAGCUCAAGCAAUCAGUCUGGGCCUCUGUGCGCAAGUCAUACACGAUGCUGGGCGGACGCAGAUUGCAAGUGGUAGUGCCACUGUGCUCGGAGUUGGACCAGGUCCCAAAUCCGAGGUAGACAAAGUGACCGGCCACCUCAAAUUACUCUAA